AGUUUCAUGUCAAUUAAUUGUGUUCGAAUCGAGCCAACCAAAAGACCAGAUGCGACGCUCUGUAAAGCUCCUGAAAGCUCACUUUCGGCUGCUGACAUAUACGAACCGAAAUGUGCAUGCGUAUGCGUGUCGUCAUAGGAGGUCAUGCGGGUCGCAAGAGUUUGAAACAUCAUUCAUUUUCGUUUUUACGAAAUAACUACCGCAGAUAAAUCUUGCAUUGGAAGCUAUGGCGGUCUGAAAUUGGUUGUCGUAUGAGACGACUAUCUCACGCCUCGAAACGACCGCGACAAUGAAGCUAUUACUGUACUGGUCGGUGUUAUCGCUAUGGUUGGGUGCUCACGGUCUGCCUGGAUGGCCUCAGGGCGGAACAAUUGUGGUGGGAAGUGCUGUGCAAUUCGAUCGUGACUCCUGGGAAGCAAACCUCGCUCAUCCGAAUGCCACGGGGAACAAUUCAAUCGCCGGAUUCGACCUCUCGAGACCGUGGCCGAGCACACAAGUUGAUGGCUGGCACUUGGCAAUCAAUGUCACAAGCGACAUUCCAGACUCUCAAACGAUGAACCCAUCCAACGCGACAGGGAGAACAUUCACCGGAACUAGCAUCUUCCUGCAAGCGCCCGAGAACUUGCGAACUGCAUUUUCCAACCAAACCGCGAUCGACGAAACGACGUGGAAGAUAUGCGUCGUCGUGAUCCCGAAUGCGCCCCAGGAGAAUGUGACCGUGGCAGACGACGGGACCUGCACCAUCUUAUCGUCGCAAUGCGUCGCCGACCUUCAGCAGGGCUACGUAGAUAAGUUCUCGCGUAACCAAGACUGCUACGGGACGCCACCGCCUACGCCAUCGAGCUGCGGCGACGCGAUCAACACGGGGAACUUCAACGUCCAGCAAUUACCCCUCGCUUCGAUCGGCGGGAAAGAGAUCUUCGUGACCGCCUCGGAAUCACACGACCUCGGCGACGAUGCGGCGGCAUGGGACGAUGCCGUGACGAAGAGCUGGCCCGUCCUGACAAUCUGGGGAUGGAAUGCGCGCGCCAAUGCGUCUGACGAUGCGUCGCCUACCGUGCGACUGUCGUGCAUUAGCGCCAGGGAUGUCCAGCCCGGGAGCAGGGUGCCGGGGAUGCCGUCUUCGAUUGGAGCGAGAGCUUGCGGUUCGGCCGCGGCUGCGCUUGUCAUUGCUUGUAUCGCGGCGUAUGCUUUGUUAUGAGAGAUUUGGGGUUGAAUUAUCGUACCUUUGGGGGGAGACAGCGAAGUAGGUCUUGAGAUGUUCCUGAUGAAGAACGUUCGGUGGAUAGCCUGCGAACUUGUGUUGUCGACUUCGGCAUAUGAGGCGGACUUGAGCUCUGAGACAGGGACAAGGGUAUAACUGCGAAUCGGGGACAUUUCUAAAAACCAUGUUCAGAUUAACGUAAUUUGGUAAUCGUAAAAGUUCAAAAGAACAAUAGGGAUCUUCAAGAGCUUAAACGUGAUGAAUAGGUAGCUUCGCGUCAGCUUGAACGGGCUUAAUGUCAAGUAGCAGGUAUGUUGGCGGCUAGGAAGAGUCUUUCUCCUCCAGCUUACAAUCGAUUUGAAGACAGUUUCGAUCAAAUUCAAUUAUGAUUUUGACACCGAUAAAUCUGACCUUGUACAUCCUGUCUUGGGUGAAUUCCUU